AUGGACCACGAGGAAUACAGACAGAGAGGGAAAGAGAUGGUGGACUACAUCUGUCAGUACCUGACCAAUCUGAGGGAGAGGCGGGUGUCUCCUGAUGUGCAGCCAGGUUAUAUGAGGGACCAGUUACCCGACGGAGCCCCUUUGGAGCCAGACAGCUGGGACAACAUCUUCAAUGACAUUGAGAAAAUCAUUAUGCCCGGGGUUGUCCACUGGCAGAGUCCACACAUGCACGGCUACUUCCCAGCUCUCACCUCCUGGCCUUCUCUACUGGGAGACAUGCUGGCAGACGCCAUCAAUUGCCUGGGAUUUACUUGGGCAUCCAGCCCAGCCUGCACGGAACUGGAAAUGAAUGUGAUGGACUGGCUGGCUCAAAUGAUGGGUCUCCCCAAUACGUUCUUGCACUAUAACCCCGAAAGCAGAGGUGGAGGCAUCUUACAGAGCACUGUUAGUGAAUCAACCUUGAUUGCUCUACUAGCAGCAAGAAAGAAUAAAAUUCUGGAAAUGCAAGCAUCUGAGCCAGAUAUAGACGACUCAACUCUGAACUCUCGUCUUAUCGCUUAUGCCUCUGAUCAGGCUCACUCCUCGGUAGAAAAGGCAGGCUUGAUCUCCCUUGUGAAGAUGAGAUUUCUGCCUGUUGAUGAGAAUUUUUCCUUGAGAGGUGAAACCCUGAGGAAAGCUAUUGAAGAGGACAGAAGCCGAGGCCUCGUACCGAUCUUCGUUUGUGCAACCCUGGGUACAACUGGCGUCUGUGCUUUUGACAGCCUUUCAGAGCUGGGUCCAAUAUGUUCUAAAGAGGGACUCUGGCUUCAUGUGGAUGCGGCCUAUGCUGGAACAGCAUUUCUGUGCCCAGAAUUCAGGUCGUUUCUGAAUGGAAUUGAACAUGCUGAUUCUUUUACUUUCAACCCUUCCAAAUGGAUGAUGGUCCAUUUCGAUUGCACAGCUUUCUGGGUCAAGGACAAACACAAGCUACAGCAGACUUUCAGUGUUAAUCCCAUCUACCUCAGACAUCCCAAUUCAGGGUCAGCUACUGAUUUCAUGCACUGGCAGAUUCCACUGAGCCGAAGGUUUCGCUCUCUGAAACUGUGGUUUGUGAUUCGCUCGUUUGGUGUGAAAAGGCUUCAAGACCAUGUCAGACAUGGUACUGAGAUGGCCAAAUAUUUUGAGUCACUAGUCAGAAGCGACGCCCUCUUUGAGAUCCCUGCCAAGAGACACCUGGGACUGGUUGUGUUUCGUUUAAAGGGUCCAAACUGGAUGACAGAAAAGGUCUUAAAAGAUUUGAACAAGUCAGGAAAGCUCUUUGUUAUUCCAGCGACAAUUCAGGAGAAGUUAAUCAUCCGCUUCACGGUAACAUCUCAGUUUACAACCCAAGAGGACAUCCGACGAGACUGGACACUCAUCCAACAGGCUGCGGUAAAAGUCUUUAGCCUGCAUUGUACACCCAAACCACUCAUCAUCUCAGAGGAAGGGGUCCAAGACUGCGACAUAAUAACUAGCCCCAGUCUUGAGUCAACAGGAGUAGCUUCCCACUUUUUCUUGGAGAAAGGAGAAUGCAAAAUGUCUCCAGGUAAAAUAACUGUGCAACCUCGAAGAAGGUCGCUCAAUUCUCCUCUGUGGUCUUCUAGCGAAUAUGUACUGAGGCCCGAGGAUCCUCACUUGGAUGACUGUUUUGCAGAAGACAACCCAAAUGCUACCAGCUACAAGUUGCCCUCAUGCCUGAGCUUUUCUGUUCAAAGCAAGAAAAAGACAGCCCGUUCUCUCAGUGUGCCGACGGCUGAUAUAUGGGAGUCAAACCAUCUAAAGGCAGUGGGCUUAGAUGGCUCUGGGAGGAGCGGACCUUUCACCAAUGAGAAAUUCCUUUCCAAGUUGCCCAAAGAGAUAUUGAUGUUGAAGAAAAGUGACCUCAAGAAACGUCUGAAAUUUUACAGCGUCCCAAGUUUUCCUGAAUGCAACAUUCAGUGUGGCCUCCAGCUGCCGUGCUGCCCACUACAAGCCAUUGUCUAAUGCCUUAGCCCAACUUUGCCCAACUUUGUGCCUUCCAGAUAUGUUGGGCUACAGCUCCAAGGAUUCCCCAGUUGACAUGUGUUGGCUGGGGGAUGCUGGGAGUUGUAGUCCAACACAUCUGAAGAACACUGGGUUGCUUUAGCCCUUAACAGACUUCCUCAAGAAGGCAUGAACCAAAGCCUGCUUAUUCUCAUGCAAUGCAAUA